AAGAACACAGAUCAACGCAAACAGAUUCUAUCGAUAAGAUUAAGCAUGUACUUCCAGUGAGAGUCUCUGUCAAUAGCUACUAUAUAAAGUGGAAACAAUUAUCCGUAUAUGAAUUUGAACGGCGCUGGUCCACGUAUAAAGGUGUCGUUUCGCGAGACAGGACCAUCGUAGAGGGAUCUUCUAUUACAGAUGUUUUCGAAGGCAGAACGAUUCGAGAUAACAGCUUUAACGCUGUUGUCGUUGUUUCUACUAUCAUCGGCAAGCUGGACCGGUAUAAACGGAAGAAACAAACUUGACGGUAAUGCGAUACCCACUAGGUACGUGCUCGAAGUGGAACCGGACUUUCAGACACUUAUAUUCAAGGGAAAUGUGAAAAUUACCUUCGAGGUCAAGAACGCGACUUCUUUGCUGGUACUGAAUCAAAAGUAUUUGACCAUACAGAGCAUCGCCAUAGACAAUGGUAACUCGGUGAGGAAUGUCCUGGUCAGUGAUAAACUGGAGACAGUGACGGUUUACUUCAAAGAAGAUCUCGAACCGAAACAAAAUUAUACGAUUGAUAUAAAAUACGAAGGUGUGCUGAACGAUCAAAAACGUGGAUUUUACAGAAGCAGAUAUCUCGUUGGAAAGGAUGUCAAAUGGAUCGCUGUGACACACUUCGAGCCAACGGGUGCGCGGCUAGCGUUUCCAUGCUGGGACGAGCCCGAGUACAAAGCGAUUUUCGAUAUUUCGAUCAAGCAUUUACCAAAAUACAUGGCCGUGAUCUCCAAUAUGCCCGUAUUCAACACCACGACAGGCGCUGAUGGAAAGAAAAUUACCACUUUCGAGUCUACCAAGCGCAUGUCGACUUAUUUAGUGGCGUUUUCGGUCUCGGAUUACGACUACAAAUUUCACUAUAAGGACGAGUCUUUCAAAAUUUACACAAAACCAGACUCUAUAGAGGACACGGAAUACGCAUUGGAGUUCAGCGUGAAAGCGAUGAAAGAAUUAAAUGCCGUCACCGGAAUUAAGUAUUCCGACAUCAUGCCAAAAAUGGACCAAAUUACCGUCAAAGACUUCGCUGCAGGUGCUAUGGAAAAUUGGGGUUUGAUUACCUACAGAGAGAACUAUCUUCUACAUAAGGAGGGCAUUACCACGAGUCGUAUGACGGAAUCCAUGGUAACAACCAUAGCCCACGAAUUUGCGCACCAAUGGUUUGGGAACCUGGUCGGUCCAAAAUGGUGGGAGUUCAUUUGGCUGAACGAAGGAUUCGCUACUUUCUUCCAGUACUACAUCACGAACAGAGUAGAUCCAUCGUGGCGUUUAAUGGAAUUGUUCGUUGUGGAAGCGUUGCAAGGGAGCGCGUUUUCACUGGACGGAUACGAGAAUGCGCGACCCAUGAACCAAGCCGUGGACAGCCCGGCGGAAAUUUCCAAAUUGUUCGACAGUAUCGCUUAUCAAAAAGCUGGAUCCGUUAUUCGAAUGAUGCACAGCAUUUUGACGGAGAAGCAUUUCAUGGAAGGCUUGUACUCGUACCUGAAAGCUAACCAAUAUAACGUCGCCGAUUCCGAUGAGCUGAUCAAACACCUUCAAGCUUCGAUUGGAUACCAGGCGAGAUGGGGAGGUGCGAGACUCGAUAAAAUUAUGAAGACAUGGAUCACACGACCUGGAUACCCGGUGGUCACCGUGAUCCAGCACGGCGACAAUUACCUGUUGAGUCAAGAACGAUUCCUGUAUCACGGAUUCGACGAAGAGACGAAGUGGUGGAUACCCAUAACAUACGUCACGAAAGAUAAUCUUAAUUUCACUGUUACUACACCGACUAUGUGGUUGAAACCAACCGAGGACAAUCUCAAGAUUUUGAAUGUCAAGUCCGAUUGGAUAAUUGUGAACAAGCAACAGACAGGCUACUACCGCGUCAAUUAUGAAAAGCAAAUUUGGGAGAAAUUAACGCGGUACCUGCUUACCGACUUCAAGAAAAUACAUCCUAUAAACCGUGCACAACUGAUAGACGACGCUUUGAACUUGGCCCGCAAAAACUUCACGAGUUAUUCCACCGCACUGAACCUGACACUGUAUCUGCACAAUGAAACAGACUAUAUUCCGUGGAUGACUACAUUUAGGAAUUUGGAUUUCUUGAAUAAGAUGAUCUCCACCUCCGAACACUAUCAAAUUUUCAAGGAUUACAUCAAGUACAUAAUGCAAGGUAUAACGAAAGAUGUAAAAUAUGAAGCGACGUCGGAAGAGGAAGAUCACCCCACGAAAAUCCUGAGAGCGAAUGCGGCCAAGUGGGCGUGCAAAGCCGAUGUUAAAGAAUGUGUAGAUUACGCCAAUGAACAUUUCCAAAUGUGGCUCAACGACGACAAGCACCUACUCGACGCGGAUCUAAAGACCAAUAUCCUUUGUACUGGACUAAAAACCGCUAAUAAAACGGUAUGGGAGACUGUUCUAACGAGGCUGGCUAACUCCACGUACGACAAAGACGAGAGGAACAGUCUGCUCGGAGUUAUGGGUUGCUCGCAGAAACGCGAGAUUCUCGAGAGUCUGAUCUCGGAGGCUUUGAAAUCGAACCCGAAUAUCGACCUCGAUGUUGCCGUAGGAGCUAUCGUGUCUAAUAAUCAAAUUUUGAAAAAUACUUCUAGCGUUAGAAUUGUUCUGGACAAACUCAAGCAAGAGUACAAGAAUAUCAUGAAGUUGGACAACGGGAACAAGAUGAUCCAGUCCAGCAUUGCGAGCGUUGCCAAUGCACUUGUAAACGAAGAUGACAUCAUAGAGAUGCAUAAAUUCAUCGCCAACGCUGGAAUCAAAGCAGACGUCCUUUCGAGCGCGAUGGAAAAGUCAUCCAGAAACCUAGUUUGGACGACCGACUACAAAAGUACAGUGGAACGUUGGCUAGUCGAGAGCGAAGGUCAUAUCAAAUUGCCCGAUGACUCGGGCACGGGCACGAUCACCCUCGCGUCAUUCCUUCUCGUCUUUUCGAUAUUCGUAACGCGAUUCUGUAUGCCAAGGGAUCUUCCAUUACAGAUGCUUUCGACGGCAGAACGAUUCAAGAUGACAGCUUUAACGCUGUUGUCGUUGUUUCUACUAUCAUCGAUCAGCUGGUCCGGCAUUGACGCAAAAUACAGACUCGAGAAUAAUGUGAUACCGAUUAAGUACAUGCUCGAAUUGGAACCGGACUUAAAAUCGUUUAAGUUCACGGGAAAUGUGACAAUUUCUUUCGAAGUCAAGAACCUGACAUACUUGUUAGUAUUGAAUCAAAAGAAACUGACCAUAAAGAGUGUCGAGAUAGAAAAUAAUCCGGCGAGGUUUGUCGACCCCAACGAUGAUCUGGAGAUAUUGACGAUUUACUUCAAAGAAGGUCUCAGACCGUACGUAGUUUACAGUAUCAAGAUAAAGUUCGAAGGUGUGCUGAACGAUCAGAACAUAGGAUUUUACAAAAGCAGGAAUUUCGAUGGAAAGAUACGCGAGUGGGUCGCUACGACACACUUUCAACCAACGGGUGCGCGGCUCGCGUUUCCAUGCUGGGACGAGCCCGAGUACAAAGCGAUUUUCGAUAUUUCGAUCAGGCAUUUACCAAAGUACACGUCUGUGAUCUCCAAUAUGCCCGUGCUCAACACGAUAGACGAUGGUGGAAUGAAAGUUACCUCGUUCGAGUCUACCAAGCCCAUGUCAACCUAUUUGGUGGCGUUCGUGGUCUCGGAUUACGUCUACAGAACUCACGAUAUGGACGACAAUUUCAAAAUUUACACAAAACCAGCGUCCAUCGAUCGUACGAAAUACUCGGUGGACUUCAGCGUGAAAGCGAUGGAACAAUUAAAUAACGUCACCGGAAUUAAAUAUUCCGAAUUCAUACCGAAAAUUGACCAAGUUGCCAUUAGAGACUUCACUCCGCUCGGUAUGGAGAACUGGGGCCUUAUUAUCUACAGGGAGCAUUUUCUUCUGUACAAGGAGGGCGUUGAUACAAACGAUAAAAAGCAACAGACAGCAUUGACCAUAGCCCACGAAUUGGCGCACCAAUGGUUUGGCAACCUGGUCAGCCCAAGAUGGUGGGAUUACAUUUGGUUGAGCGAAGGAUUCGCUACUUUCUACCUGUACUACAUCACGGACAAAAUAGAGCCUACAUGGCGUUUAAUGGAAUUGUUUGUUGUGGAUACGCUACAAGGGGCGCUAUUACUGGACGCGACAGAGAGUGCGCGACCCCUGAACUACGCCGUAGAGAACCCGAACGAACUACCCGACGUGUUCGCCAGUCUCAUUUAUCAAAAAGGUGGAUCCGUUAUUCGAAUGAUGUGCCACAUUUUAACAGAGGAGGUCUUCGUGAAAGGCGUGAGAAUGUAUCUGAAAGAUUAUCAAUACAAGAUCGCCGAUUCCGAUGAUCUGAUCGAACAACUCCAAGCUGCAGCUGGAGACCAGGCGAUAUGGGAAGACGUGAAAUUCGACGAAAUUAUGAAGACAUGGAUCACAAAACCUGGAUACCCGGUAGUUAUUGUGAAACAGAGCAGAGACAAUUUCGUACUGAGUCAAGAACGAUUCCUGUAUUACGGAUACGACGAAGAGACAAAGUGGUGGAUACCCAUAACAUACGUCACGAAAGAUAAUCUUAAUUUCACUGGUACUGCGCCGACUAUUUGGUUGAAACCAACCGCGGACAGUCACACGAUUUCGAACGUGAAUUCCGAUUGGAUACUUCUGAACAAUCUACAGACGGGCUACUACCGCGUCAAUUAUGAAAAGCACAUUUGGGAGAAAAUAACGCACUAUCUGUUUACCAACUUCGAGAAAAUACAUGUUGUGAACCGUGCGCAACUUAUAGAUGACGUUUUGCACUUGGCCCGCAGAAACUACACGAAUUAUGAAACCGCAUUGAAUCUGACACUGUAUCUGAAGAACGAAACAGACUACAUCCCGUGGAUGUCUGCGUUUAGGAACUUGGAUUGGUUGAGAAUGAUGUUCAGCACCUCCAAACACUAUAACAUUUUCAAGGAUUACUUCAAGUACAUAAUGCAAGGUUUAACAAAACAUGUACAGUAUAAAAUUUCGCCACAGGACUCCCAUACCAUGAAAAUACUAAAAACGAAAGCGUUCCAAUGGGCAUGCAGAUUCGAUGUUAAAGAAUGCAUAGAUUCUGCCAAGAAGGAGUUCGACAUGUGGGUUCUCGACGACAAGUAUCAACUCGACGUAAAUCUAAAGGGCAACAUUCUCUGCUCUGGACUGAGAUCUGCUAAUGAGACGUUAUUCGAGGCUAUUCUAAAGAGGCUGGCUACUACCGUAUUCGACUCAGAAGAGAAGACCAGUCUGCUCGGAGUUUUGGGUUGUUCAAGGAACAGUACGAUACUUAGGAAACUGUUGGUAGAGUCUUUGAAAACGAACCCUGCGUAUAUCGAGCUCGAAGUUGCCGUACAAGCUAUCGUGUCUAAUAAUGUAAUGUUCGAAGCCGAAAACAUUUCCAGUAUCGGACUUGUUCUGAACAAACUCAAGGAAGAGUACAAGAAAAUCACGAAGUUGAAAGGAGCCGAGAAGAAACUCGAGUCCUGUAUGUAUAGUAUUGCCAAAGCGAUUAUAGACGAAGAUGACAUCAUAAAGAUGCACAAAUUCAUCAUCAACGCUAAACCUAAACCGAAGGUCCUGGUCCAGGUAAUGCAAAUAUCUGCCCGAAACAUAGAAUGGGUACUUAACUACAGAAGUACAAUCGAGAAAUGGCUGAUCGAGCACAAAGAUCAAUUCAGAUCGCCCGUGCCAAAUCAGACCAACGGCAUGGCCAUGGUCACGUUCACGUUAUUCCUUCUUAUUCCUUCGAUAUUCAUAACGCGAUUCUACUAAAAAGAUCGUUGUGGAACAUUUCUCGCAUGUUAUCGAAAUUAUUUCAAAUAACAACAUAUUUGAAUUCAUAAUUAUUUACAUGCCUGUGGUCACUUUUGAGAUGGCGAUAU